AUGUUUCAGUCAGAUGGAACAAUAUCUACAACAGAAAGUAUGAAUCCUGGCAGCAUAUCGUCAUCGGAUAUUAUAUCAAUGGUGACACUACCAAUGUCUCUGAAUUCUGAUUCAGAGACCAUGUCGUCACCUUUCGUUCAUUCAUCACUUGCAUCAUCUAUUUCACUAAGUAUGAUGUCGGAAAAAAUUGCCUUGUCACAUAACCUGUCACCCAUGACAUCAUCUACAUCACAGAUUGAGAAUUCAGACAUUGUGUCAACAUCAUUAAUCCAGUCAACUUUGGCCCAAUCUACGUCGCUGAUAGAGCAUUCAGACAUUGAGUCAACAGUAUUGAUUCAGUCAACUGUGACACCAUCUACGUCGCUGUUGGAAAAUUCAGACAUGGAGUCAACAUCAUUAAUCCAGUCAACUUUGCCACCAUCUUCGUCACGGUUGGAGAAUUCAGAUAUUGUGUCAACACUAAUCAAGUCACCUUUGACACCAUCUACGUCGCUGAUGGAGAAUUCAGAAAUUGUGUCAACAGGAUCGAUCCAGUCAACUUUGACACCAGCUAUAUCACAGAUGGAGAAUUCAGACAUUGCAUCAUCAGCAUUGAUUCAGUCAACUGUGACACUAUCUACGUCGCUGAUGAAGAAUUCCGACAUUUUGUCAACAGCAUCUUUCCAUUCACCUUUGACACCAUCUACGUCGCAGAUGGAGAAUUCAGACAUUGUGUCAACAGCAUUAAUCAAGUCACAUUUGACACAACCUACGUCGCUGAUGGAGAAUUCAGAAAUUGUGUCAACAGCAUCUUUCCAAUCACCUUUGACACCAUCUACGUCGCAGAUGGAGAAUUCAGUCAUUGUGUCAACACCAUCAAUCCAGUCACCUUUGACACCAUCUACGUCGCAGAUGGAGAAUUCAGACACUGUGUCAACAGCAGUAAUUCAGUCAACUGUGACACCAUCUACGUCGCUGAUGAAGAAUUCAGACAUUUUGUCAACAACAUCUUUCCAGUCAACUUUGAUACUAUCUACGUCACUGAAGGAAAAUACGGACAUUGUGUCAACAGCAUCUAUCCAGUCAACUUUGAAAUCAUCUACGUGGCUGAGGGAGGCUUCAGACACUGUGUCAACAGCAUUAAUUCAGUCAGUUGUGACACCAUCUACGUCGCUGAUGAAGAAUUCUGACAUUUUGUCAGCAGCAGUUAUCCAGUCACCUUUGACACCAUCUAUAUCACAGAUGGAGAAUUCAGAAAGUGUUUCAAUGACAUUUAUCCAGUCACUUUUGACACCAUCUACGUCGCAGAGGGAGAAUUCAGACAUUGUGUCAACAGCAUUAAUUCAGUCAACUGUUAAACCAUCUACGGGGCUGAUGGAGAAUUCUGACAUUGUGUCAACAGCAUUAAUUCAGUUAACUGUUAAACCAUCUACGGGGCUGAUGGAGAAUUCUGACAUUGUGUCAACAGCAUUAAUUCAGCCAACUGUGACAGCAUCUACGUCGCUGAUGAAGAAUUCAGACAUUUUGUCAACAGCAUCAAUGAAGUCACCUUUGAUACUAUCUACGUCGCAGAUGGAAAAUUCUGACAUUUUGUCAACAGCAUUUAUCGAGUCACAUUUGACACCAUCUAUAUCACAGAUGGAGAAUUCAGAAAUUGUGUCAACGGCAUUGAUCCAGUCACCUUUGACACCAUCUACGUCGCAGAUGGAGAAUUCAGACAUUGUGUCAACGGCAUUAAUUCAGUCAACUGUUAAACCAUCUACGGGGCUGAUGGAGAAUUCUGACAUUGUGUCAACAGUAUAUAUCCAGUCACCUUUGACACCAUCUACGUCGCAGAUGGAGAAUUCAGUCAUUGUGUCAACACCAUCAAUCCAGUCACCUUUGACACCAUCUACGUCGCAGAUGGAGAAUUCAGACACUGUGUCAACAGCAGUAAUUCAGUCAACUGUGACACCAUCUACGUCGCUGAUGAAGAAUUCAGACAUUUUGUCAACAACAUCUUUCCAGUCAACUUUGAUACUAUCUACGUCACUGAAGGAAAAUACGGACAUUGUGUCAACAGCAUCUAUCCAGUCAACUUUGAAAUCAUCUACGUGGCUGAGGGAGGAUUCAGACACUGUGUCAACAGCAUUAAUUCAGUCAGUUGUGACACCAUCUACGUCGCUGAUGAAGAAUUCUGACAUUUUGUCAGCAGCAGUUAUCCAGUCACCUUUGACACCAUCUAUAUCACAGAUGGAGAAUUCAGAAAGUGUUUCAAUGGCAUUUAUCCAGUCACUUUUGACACCAUCUACGUCGCAGAGGGAGAAUUCAGACAUUGUGUCAACGCCAUUAAUUCAGUCAACUGUUAAACCAUCUACGGGGCUGAUGGAGAAUUCUGACAUUGUGUCAACAGCAUUAAUUCAGUUAACUGUUAAACCAUCUACGGGGCUGAUGGAGAAUUCUGACAUUGUGUCAACAGCAUUAAUUCAGCCAACUGUGACAGCAUCUACGUCGCUGAUGAAGAAUUCAGACAUUUUGUCAACAGCAUCAAUGAAGUCACCUUUGAUACUAUCUACGUCGCAGAUGGAAAAUUCUGACAUUUUGUCAACAGCAUUUAUCGAGUCACAUUUGACACCAUCUAUAUCACAGAUGGAGAAUUCAGAAAUUGUGUCAACGGCAUUGAUCCAGUCACCUUUGACACCAUCUACGUCGCAGAUGGAGAAUUCAGACAUUGUGUCAACGGCAUUAAUUCAGUCAACUGUUAAACCAUCUACGGGGCUGAUGGAGAAUUCUGACAUUGUGUCAACAGUAUAUAUCCAGUCACCUUUGACACCAUCUACGUCGCAGAUGGAGAAUUCAGUCAUUGUGUCAACACCAUCAAUCCAGUCACCUUUGACACCAUCUACGUCGCAGAUGGAGAAUUCAGACACUGUGUCAACAGCAGUAAUUCAGUCAACUGUGACACCAUCUACGUCGCUGAUGAAGAAUUCAGACAUUUUGUCAACAACAUCUUUCCAGUCAACUUUGAUACUAUCUACGUCACUGAAGGAAAAUACGGACAUUGUGUCAACAGCAUCUAUCCAGUCAACUUUGAAAUCAUCUACGUGGCUGAGGGAGGAUUCAGACACUGUGUCAACAGCAUUAAUUCAGUCAAUUGUGACACCAUCUACGUCGCUGAUGAAGAAUUCUGACAUUUUGUCAGCAGCAUUUAUCCAGUCACCUUUGACACCAUCUAUAUCACAGAUGGAGAAUUCAGAAAGUGUUUCAAUGGCAUUUAUCCAGUCACCUUUGACAUCAUCUACGUCGCAGAGGGAGAAUUCAGACAUUGUGUCAACGCCAUUAAUUCAGUCAACUGUUAAACCAUCUACGGGGCUGAUGGAGAAUUCUGACAUUGUGUCAACAGCAUUAAUUCAGUUAACUGUGACAGUAUCUACGUCGCUGAUGAAGAAUUCAGACAUUUUGUCAACAGCAUCAAUGAAGUCACCUUUGAUACUAUCUACGUCGCAGAUGGAAAAUUCUGACAUUUUGUCAACAGCAUUUAUCGAGUCACCUUUGACACCAUCUAUAUCACAGAUGGAGAAUUCAGAAAUUGUGUCAACGGCAUUGAUCCAGUCACUUUUGACACCAUCUACGUCGCAGAUGGAGAAUUCAGACAUUGUGUCAACGGCAUUAAUUCAGUCAACUGUUAAACCAUCUACGGGGCUGAUGGAGAAUUCUGACAUUGUGUCAACGGCAUUAAUUCAGUCAACUGUGACACCAUCUACGUCGCAGAUGAAGAAUUCAGUCAUUGUGUCAACAGCAUAUAUCCAGUCACCUUUGACACCAUCUACGUCGCAGAUGGAGAAUUCAGUCAUUGUGUCAACACCAUCAAUCCAGUCACCUUUGACACCAUCUACGUCGCAGAUGGAGAAUUCAGACAAUUUGUCAACAGCAUUAAUCAAGUCACCUUUGACAUCAUCUACGUCGCUGAUGGAGAAUUCAGACACUGUGUCAACAGCUUCAUCCCUGUCAAUUUUGACACCAUCUAUGUCACAGAUGGAGAAUUUAGAUAUCGUGUCAACAGCAUUAAUCUGGUCAUCGUUGAAGCCAUCUAUGCCACAGAUUGGGAAUUCAGACAUUUUGUCAACAGCAUUCAUCCCGCCAACUUUGAAACCAUCUAUGUCACAGAUGAAGAAUUCAGACAUUUUGUCUACCACUUUUAUCCAGUCACCUUUGACACCAUCUACGGAGCUAUUGGAAAAUUCAGACAUUGAGUCAACGGCAUUAAUCCACUUAGCGUCCAUGUCGUUCAACAGUGACUCGGAGAGCGUGUCAUCUGAAUUGAUUCAGUCGGAUGUGACACUCCAUACCUCACUGAUGACAGAGAACAUACAAUCAACUAUUACCCAGCCCGAAACUUUAAUAUCGAAGAUUGUCUUACCAUCUCAGCUAGAUUCUAAGACUACUCUCGCAUCAUCUGGAAAUAAUGAGAUAUCUCUCAUCCAAUCAUCUUUGACGACAACUGUGUUUGGGAAUAUGACACUAAAGAAUAAGUCAACGACGCUUUCAUGGUCAAUGGUGUCAGAAAGUGUACCAUCAUCCGUGAAACAGCCAGUAAUAAGACUUUCAACAUCGAGUAAUAUGGUGUCAGAGACAACAUUUGCAACACCCACUCAUUCGAUUGUGCCAUUAUCUGCAUCCCAAAGCCUGAUAUCUACUGAUGAGGUGUUCGAUUCUGAGGUACUCUCGGUUCUAACAACAUCAGUUAAGAUGUUUUCAGAGAAGACUUUUCCCGAACAAUCAACACUACUACUUCCAGAAUCAACUAUAAUGUCACUUGCGCCGUUAGGAAGUUUAACACCACUAUCUAGUAUAUCCGCAUUUAGCAGGCGUCAGUUAAAUACUACGACUACUAUGUCCACCAGUCAACUACGGCCGCGUCUACAGACAUCAGAGUCGACGACACAACUACGGCCGCCUCUAAAGACAUCAGAGUCGACGACACAAACACAACUACGGCCGCCUCUUCAGACAUCAGAGUUGACGACACAACUACGGCCGCCUCUACAGACAUCAGAGUCGACGACACAAACACAACUACGGCCGCCUCUACAGACAUCAGAGUCGACGACACAACUACGGCCGCCUCUACAGACAUCAGAGUCGACGACACAAACACAACUACGGCCGCCUCUACAGACAUCAGAGUCGACAACACAACUACGACCGCCUCUACAGACAUCAGAGUCGACGACACAAACACAAGUCGUUCGGUCAGAUUUGGUCGUGAAGACGUCAAUACCACAUUCAACGGCUCCACCUAGUAUUGUUCCGUCAGCAGCGUUGACGACUGCCUCUGAAACUCUGUCAACAACAGCACUUAGUGUUGACAACCCUACAACAACUCCGCUUCAAAAGGAUGAGGACAUUAUGCUGCAAAUACGUAUCCAGGUCAAACAGACGAUUGACGUCACAACUGAUGCAUUCAAGGACGACGUAGCACAAGGUCUGGCGGAGGCCUAUGCUGAGGCAUCGUCUACAAGACGUAAACGACACAUCCAGUAUGCAGCCAGAAAUAAACGGCAAGAGAAUUUUCAAGUUCAGAUUACAAAUGUAACACGGGACGACGUUGAUGACGGAGUUGAUGUAACAUUUCUUAUCUCUGACGAUGGAAUACCAGUACCAGCACAAACUGCCAUGGACACCUACGACCGGCUGAGUGACGUGGAGACGAGUGCUAUCGUUGGAUAUCCGGUGUUGGAGCCAGUAUCCCUAGCGAUACAGGAACCUGAGACAGAUCAGCCGGAUGAAGAUGGAUUGCUAGGCCCUCUUACAAUAAUCCUCAUUGCUGUACCCUCAGCUAUCGUGAUUGUGCUAACGUUAGCCUAUUUUCUUAUGCACUGGAAUGAUCAACCACGAACCGGCACUUUGGCCUCAGUAAAGUCUGACCACAGCGGUUCCAGUCAGAAAUGCGAGUCUCUUGCGGACCACGACCUUGUAGUCGACAUGGAGAAAGGCGAUAUCGUCAGUCGUUCAUCGGUCGGCAGUAGUAGAUCGACCGCGAGAAGGACGUCGGACUGGCUAAGGACAAUUUGGGAUGAAGAGGACCCCGAUCUCACUUGUGUCAAACAGACAGUGAAUGACGAUGACUGGGAUACAAUAAGCAUCACACUCAAGUCAAGAUCUUGGUCUCUCAAGAGCUACCCUUUCAUUGACCAUGAUUCAAUGGCCUCACCCACUAUCAGUAAUGGAGGAAUGCAUAUAGUUACACUUCCUGACACGAAUCUUGAUGAGGUGUCCCAAACAGAGAAACCAGAUCAACAGCGAUUUGAUAUCAUUGGAAAGACAAGGUCAAUCAAGGGAGAAGGCUUCUAG